UCAGAAAAGUGACCCGAUUCGUGCGGGAGGCAGAGAGGACACUGGGAGCGUGUGUGUCCCCAGGGCUGUCUGGGGGCCCCGCGGGCUGCGUGCCACCAGGGAACACUGUCCGGGCAGCCCGUGCCUGGGAGACCGUGGCCCUGGGCAAAUGUGGACCGCCUCCUCAGAGGCGUUCUUGGACCCGGUAGGAUUCUUAAAAUUCUAUUCUUGGAGUCGGGAGAUUUUGUUCGGCAGCAUAAUUUAUUUGCUUUUUCCAAAGAUUGAGAGGAGAGCUGAGGUCUGCCAGGCUGUGAACCACACAAGGUCUGUGGGAGCACAGCCUGUGGGGGUGCGGCCAGCAGAGCCUGGACCCGGAGAGAGCGGGGGACAGAGAGAAAACUGGGGGAGAGAAAGAGACACAGACAGAGACAGAAAUAGAGACAGAGAGAGAUUGGGGGAGACAGAGAGAGGAGGGAGACAGAAGGAGGAGGAGAGACAGAGGGAGGGCCCGUGGUCUCGGGAGACCCACCUGGCAGAGGCCCUGGGAGCGGGGAUACACCGUGGGUGGAUGGGGCUCAGGGACAGAGCACGGGGUCCGACGCAGAAACCAGGGCCCCACCCGACCCCUUCCUGUCUGAGACACUCCCACGCCUCCCUCGCCGCGCCCGCAGUUUUGGUUGUUUUGUUUGUGUGGUCGAAUGGUCUUGACCACGGCACAUGCGUGAACCGAACAGACUCCUCUGGGUGGGGCUGACCCCGUUUGCAGAGCCACCAGCAGGUGGAAGCAGAAAACCUCUGGCCACCUCCCUCCCCCAGCCCCGCACCCGAGGCGCGUCAUUUACGGAAGCAGACAAUUUGCAGCCACCUCUGUGUUGAUUCACUUUGCCUCCCUGGAGACCCUGGGCUUCUCCAGGCUUCAGUGGCCGGGAGAGGCCCCCGGCCUCGGACAGACCCUCUCUGGAGGCUCUUCGAGGAGGGCGGCCCCGGCGGGCAGAUGGAAUGGGUAAGGCCAGCAGACGGGGUGGCCUCCUGGCCGGGACUCUCUCUCGACUGGUUCUCCUCCAACGUUAAGAGGUGUUACUUGGACGGAACGAAGCCAAGAGGAACAACUGCGGGGAGAGAUGGGUUCGGGCGGCCUCGGCAGGCCGCUCCCCUGUUGACGUCUCCGAGCGAGCAGUCCCGUUUCAGAGAUGCAGAGACGGCGGCGGCGGCGGCGGCAAUGGGGCCAGACAUUCCAGAUGAGAGCGGCCGGCUGCAGGCUGCGGGUGCGCACGGUGCACGGGACUCAGAGCCAGGCUCACGUCCCCACCCGUCUGAAGAUCCGGUUGCCCAGGGCGGACCAAGAGGGUCUCGCGCUGGGGGUGACCGUGCUGCAUGUGCCCGGGCCCUUCCGUGCUCCCCGUGGAAGCCCCAAACUUUAUUAGUGUGUAAAAGCACAGCACACUCUGUGACUCUGAGUAACCUUCCUGCUAAGCUCCGAUCUGUGUUUAGUUAUGAGGGCUCCCGAAAACGUGUAACCAGCCAUCCCUGGGAGAGCUCCCCGCCGACCACCCUCGAGUUCUGGACGGGGAAGAAGUUGGCCUUCCUGGCACCUGGGCCACCUGAAGGCGGGAGCUGGUGUUUCGCCAAAGUGUCCUCGAACCCGCCCGCCUGCCCAGCACCGCCCACGCCCCACAGGCCGGUCCCCCUGAAGGAAGCCACAGCACGGGUCCAGGCGGGCAGUGCCUGCACCCCUGGGGCACAGAUGCAGGCAAAGCACUGCACCCAUUCCAUUUGUCCCUCCAGAGGCAAAGACGGCCCUGCAGCGCCCGGCGCCCGUGCGUGUGGGCCCGUGGCCGCCUCUGCGGCAUCCGCACGUCUGGGGCACCAGGAGCUCUGUCCGCAGAUGCCACACUCCUGGGGGCGGAGCUGGGCUUCCGCUUGCAGCCCAGAUGUUUGGGCAGCGAACAGACCUCCCUGACUUCAUUCCAGGGCCCGUCUGAGAUGGCUUUUGGCUCUGUCAGGGGCGAUUCUCAGGCUUCUCUUUUUUUUCCCAUUCCAUCUUAGAAGAAAGUUAGAAGGCUUUAGGUCUCACAGGCUCCUCUCUUUUCUGGUCAUGCUUGCUCUUCUUCUCAACUGCGAGCUCUCGUGUGUGUGCACACACGCGCGCAUGCACACACACAGGCAUGCCCGUUACAGCAGGUGGGGGAAGAGGCCGCCGGGGCCACGGAAGGCCGGGCAGACGAGGAGACCUGGGUGCAAACACUGCAGAAACCUCUUCAAAAUAUUUGGGUUUGUCCAAAUCCUAAACCGCCGUUACCAGGCACUUUUCCCGCUAGUGUUUGAGCCCGCGGGUAUUUUAAAGGAAAUGAAAUCCGUGUGUUUCUGAUUUAUUUAUACUUAACUCAUCAAAAUGCUGUUUUAAAGAGCUAUUUUGUGUCCAAAAUGCCCUUUAUGCCUUUUUUCCCUUCCAAAGUAAAAGCCUCCUUUUGCCAAGUUUGUGUGACCUUAAACACUCACAUUUUCAUGGUUCUUUCAAAAAUCAGACUCGUCAAGUCCAAACAGACCCGAACCGAAACCUGCCCCCGCCACGUCCCCCUCCCUGGGGAACCAGCGCCAGGUGGGAAGGCAACGCCCCUUGGUCCCUGGCUUUUAGCCCUGUGGCUCUGACCCCAGCGGCAGUCCCCGCACCCCAUUCACUGGAGCCCCCCGGGCUACGUCCAAUGAGAAAUCAGCAAAUUUGCCACAGACACGGACCCAGGUCCAGGGUUUUACCGGCCCCUCCAGAGCUCUCGCUGGACCAGCUCAGGGUCACCGCGGGGUGCGGCCCCACCUGCCCCGAGGAUAAGGCACCGUCCACCCUGGUCCACCAACUCCUUUGCCUCAGUGUCCCCGAGCGCACGAUCCCGAUGCAGGUUUAUGCCACUUCAGACCCGGAAAACCUUUUCCCUCCACAAAGAGAAGAAAAGGCGGUGGCCACGGCCCCGAGCAUGUGCACGAGGCGGGGUGCAGAGCCCCUCGGCAGGCCGGGUCACCUGGGGAGCGACAAGCCUCCAGGGGGAUAAACAAAUGCAGUCGCGGCAACACUGUCGCCUGACCGCUCACAGGGGGCUCAGUGAUAGGCUUUGGGGUGUGAUAUUUAUUUCUGGCCGAUUUCAUGCAAUGGACUUCAAUUAUGAAUUUGAUUGCUUUUUUGCACAUGAUAUAAAAUCCUUUAUCCUCGUGGCAUUUAAUUGUGUUUCCCUGGCAGACUUGGUAUUCAUCAUGGCCCUGCUGUCCCCAGCCCCAAAGAUAAACCAUCCAAGGGGCAAUAAAUGUCCACUCUGAUUAUUGAUGCUUUCAGGGAAAUUGAUUAUCUAUUUGAGGGGCAGAGCAGGCUGAUGGAUUACUGCCUCCUUCCCUCGCACAAGAGCUUCUCUGAAAGACAAAUCUCUUGAUUGGUGCAAUGGAUUUUCUAUUAUAUUUAAAAUUUUCCAAAGUGACACCUUUUAUCUUCAUCUUUGGAAAUGGAGGAACAGCUUCUGAUGGGGCUGAGAAUCCCCUGUCACCCACUCGCUCA